AUGCCGUCUAAGAGCCUCAAGCUGAAGGUCGCCAAGGCGAAAGCCACCUUUGAAAUGUCAAACGAUCAAAAGGAGAAGAAGAAAGCGGCCGAUUGGCUCCGGGAGCACCGUCUCAUGGACGACAAGGGGGGGUUCUUUUUACCAAGCUCGUCUGUUCGGGCCAAGCCACCCAAAACUCAGAAGGCGCCGCCUGCCGAGCGACGCGAAGUGCAGUUCGAGCGCGAAGAGGCCUGUUCGCCAGUUCGAGAUGCCUCAUUGAAAAAGAAACCCGUUCGCGCCGCUACACCCUUUCACAAACCUCGCGCUUUACCACUUGAAGAAGAUGAAGAGAAUGACGAUUUCGAACCCGUCGACGAGACAUUGGCAGCUGAAGAAGAAACUUCCGAGGUCGAAGAGACCCGCGAGCCCAAUGAAUUCGAGAACGUGGACGACGAUGACGAGCCAGAGUCUCAAUGCUUCGAUGGACGCGACGUGGUGAUUGCUGUCCUUGUUGGGGUGAUUGGAUUGUUGGUCGAGAAGUACGUAUUCAACAAGUCCGGAUAA